AUGCCACCCAAGCACGCAGGCGAUCCUGAAGAAAUCACCGGGCAGUGCGCUCUCCCGAUAUCACACAUUGACAACCUCGAGUUCCUCGCCGAUGUGAUUCCCAAGACAACCACCUACAAGCAAUUUAAGGAGAAGAAAGCCAAGGAGGCGGCUGGGACGAGCGGUGGUGGCGCUGUCAUGGAGAAGGGCCAGCGCACGUUGAACGGCACCGGUGCGCCUGGCAACAAGGUGAACGGUAACGCAGCUGAAGAUCCAAUGGCAGUGGUUAUGGCACCCGCAGACGAAGAGCCUCGACCAGCGCCAGCGACUCCUCGGGCACCGGUGGUCAUGCACGCGUCCGGGUCGGUGAGUGCGCUGGUGGUGGAUCGGACAGUCGAACCAAUCCCUGCGCCGGGGAGUUAUGGGACGAUGAGCCAUGAUCACGAUGUGGAAAUGAAAGAGUGA